AAUGGAAGAGAGUACAAUUGAUUGGGAUAAAGUAACAGCUAUGGAUAAGUAUGAUAUUUGAUAUAUCUUCUAAGUGAGACUCUUCUUUAAUUUGCAAAUGAUCUUUAUGAGGCUCUUCAUCUCGAAUAAGCUAAAUCUGCAUAUUAGUUGUACCUCAAAAGAAACCAUAAAAAUAUUGAAGCCUUAGAUUAAUAUACUGAUUGCUUAGAAUAGAUGGGUCUUGUAGAAGAAUUACAACAAGCUCUCACUCCAUAUUUGAAUUAAUAAGAUUUAAUCACGUAUAUCCACAAAUUAAAUUAACUAGUUCGUAUGAACAUUGUUACAAAUUGUUGUUUAAAUAUGCAUAAACUUAAUAAGGAAAAUAAGCUAUUUAGAUAUAUGAGUAUGGAAUAUAAUUGGCUUUGUCCAGGAAUGCUUCUAAGAGAGAUAUUGGAGAUGCUUUUGCUGCAAUAGCUGAAGUUUAUUAAACUGAUUUAUUAUAAUUUAAAGAAUCAGAAUAAACAUGUUUAGAUGCUAUAAAUAAUGCUUUUAAAUAUGAUCCUGUUAAUUUAGAUGCAUUUCUAUAAUUGGCUAAUUUUCAUUUAAAUAAAGAAGAUGAAGAAGCUGCUAAAAAAGAUUUAAGAGUUAUCUAUGAAAAGUUGGAGAUUGAAAUGGAAGAAUAUGAUGAAGAUUUUAUACUACAAGUUGGUAAAUUAUUAGUAGAAGUGGAAUUAUUUGAUUAAUCAAUUAAAAUAUUGAGAAUGCUAGUAGAUAGAAAUGCUGAAGAUCCAGAAAGUUUAUAUAUGCUUGCUUUUGCAUUGUGGAAGGCAUAGAAAUAUGAAGAAAGCUCAAAACUAGUGAAUGGAAUACUUUAAUUACCUGAUGCAAAAGAAGAUUAAGUAUAUAAUAAUAAUUAAUUAAUUAGGAAAUUUGGACAGCUACUUUAGAGUUAAAAGAUCAAUUAGAAAAAGAAACAUGGAUGGAUGUUGAAGAUGAGGAAUAAAAUUAAUUGUAACAAAUGUAACAAUUAGAAUGAU